AUGAUGGGCAAGGAAAGGUCUACCAAAAACACGGUCCCCGAGAUUCCAAAAUCUGUUUUACAAAAACUCAGCGAGGAUGAAAAAAGAUUUUUGAAUAUAUGUUACUACCGUUCUGACCGGGAACCGCGAGCGGUGGAAAUUCUAACUGGAUACCUUAAUCGUGGAGUUGACGUCGAUGUGACAUCCGAUGAGCCAUAUGAAGCAAGCGCUCUCAAUCUCGUCUGUUUGACAAACUCAACACCAAACGCCAUUGACAUAGUUCGUUUGUUACUGGAGCACGGUGCGGAUCCGAAUAAAAGAUCUUCAGACUCCAGCACGCCGCUUCAUAAGCUCAUAUGGAUUAAUCACAGUGAAACUCUAAUUCCGUUGAUGUCUCUUCUCAUCCAGUACGGGGCGGAUGUCAACGCUCGUCAAGAGAAUGACGAGAAUUCUUUGCAUAAAUUGCUACGGGUGAAUCAGACUCCCAACUUGCUCCGCGCAGUUCGUUUAUUAGUCGAAAACGGCAUCAGAGUAAACGAAAGUGGAGGUAGAGCCAAGGGAUUUGGAUCAUCGUUACACAUUCUGUGCGAAACCAAUCAGACGUCCCACCUUCUCAGUGUGGCGCGCUACUUGGUUGAGAGUGGAUCUAUCGUCAAUUUGAGGGAUGACAAAAACAACACUGCUCUUCAUCUUCUGAGCCGCUACAAUCAGACAGAUCACUUGCUACCCGUAAUACGCUUCCUUGUGGAGGCCGGAUUUACUGACGUCGACAUCAAGGCCAAAAAUGAUCAAGGCCAAACUGCGCUACACGUUUUGUGUCAAUAUAAUCAAUCUAAUCAGUUAUCCAACAUCAUCGAGUUCCUGAUUGAACAGGGCGUGCAGACGUCGGAAACUGUUAAUAAUUCACUGUCGGCUCUGUCCCUCGUCUGCAAAUACAAUCAGACGGACCAACUGCCGACAGCGAUGAAAUUAUUAAUCCCUUUGGAGGAUGUUAAUCAGACAGAUUAUUGCGGAAGUCAAGCUGCCCAUUUGUGCGCCCAGUAUCAGAAGGAAUACAUAAUCAAAUCGCUGGACAUUUUGGCCGAUAAUGGUGCGGAUCUUGCGUCGACCAACUCAGACGGCGAGACAAUUUUGCAUCUUGCGUGCCAGUUUGCCGAUAAGCUCGAUCUUUUUUCGUUUGUUUCUUCACUUGACAAAGAGCUGAUACGGAGGAUGAUGGAUUUAACAGACGUCGUUGGCAGGACUCCGCUUCACCUCGCCGCCAAAAGCGGGUGCACGAAAACUGCACAAUUCUUGGCCGGAUUUGCUGGUGUCCGAAUUUUGGACACCUUCGGUCGAUGCUUUGCAGAUUAUUUGAAAUACUUUUUACUGGAGAAAGGAACUCCGCUUUGUAUCUGCUGUCGAGGAGGCAGCUACCUCAACAUUGCUUCACUUUACCAAAAUUAUUUUUUUAGGUCGACUGUUCAAUCGAUUAGCGCUCCUUUCUCCAUCGCCAAGAUAGAGGGAUCCAUUCCGAUACAAAUUGAUCAUGUCUACGUGUUCAACGCGAUAGAUAAAUACACUAAAACACCAGCAAGCAAUCGAUGGGAAAACUUACUUCGGAUUUGGAAUAACCCGAAAAAGAAACUGAAUUUUGCUAUGGUCACCGCUGUUGCAGAAUCGGGGAUGCGAUGCUGCCACUCAUGCAUCCAGCGUAAUUGCGUCUGGUGCCGUCUCCAGUUUUCCAUUAGUGGUUACAUCCAUUGCUUGAUAGAAGAAGUUGAGAAACUGGACGAACGUUUUGCCACCCAACGACUCAUCUUCUACGGAAGCAGCGCCGAACGGACCAAACUCUUUCAGCUGGACGAAUUCGACUUCCUCGUUGUGUUAUCUCACUUUGUCGAAGAGGAAGCAGAGAGCGGCCAUCGCGUCAUUUAUGUUGGUGAAGGCCAGUCUGCGUUUCUAAGCCACGGAAACGGCCAACUCGGAAUCUCAUCAGGCAGAGCUGUUUAUUAUUUCUACCAACUGCUUCGAGCGGCCACCAAACGCGUCGAUUGCUUCAACAUCCACGUUCGCGACAUCACCUUUGGAGAGACAUGCACGACACUUCAUCUAACGUUUUGUGGUAACGAGCAAAUUAUUCCCAUCAGUAUCGAUAUCACCAUUGGUGUCUCUCGGGGUGUCUUUCGCUCUUCUUCGCUACAACCAGCAAAGCAAGCAGAAAGCACUGUAAAGCUUCCUGACUAUUGGUGUCACUCCAAUUUGGACGAAGAAUUCGAGUACUUAGUUCCAUUUCGAGACAAGUGCGGGCCGCCGGAGUGGCAACUGUCUUACCCAAUUCUAGAGAGAGAUACAAUUUUAGGAACUGGUGACGAGGUUCGCUUGUGUUAUCGCAUUUUGAAGCUUUUGGUUAUGUUGUGUCAGCGACGCAAUGCAUCCAUCACGGAUGAGAAAUUGUUGCCCCAGAAGACAAGGCCAUCGACUUACUGUCUGAAAACCUGCCUUUUCCGCUACAUGAAAUUGAACAAUCCACCUUGGAAUGAAGAAGAUAUGAUAUCGCAUUGCAUAGCAAUCAUGGAAGUUUUGCUCACUCAUCCCGGAGUUCAUCUCAAAUCUUUCUUUAAUCCUUUAUUAAACGUUUCUUACAUUGAUCAUGAAGCCUUGGCUGUUUGCUCGAAAAUUUGUGAUCGCCUUCGUUCAUGCUUAAAUUGAAAUGAAAAACAAACUAUAUCGUUGAAAUCAUCACCACAUACGUCUGUGUAUGGGGUGCCGUUGUACCUUUUUACCAACAAAACUAUCAUUUAUAGCCUACCAAC